AUGAAUGAUGUUGAUGACACUUCAACAACUUCAACAACCUCAACAACUACAUCAACUACUUUGAAGAGAAAGACAACUGAGGAGAAUGAUAAAGGUGAUAUCACUCAAUCAAAGAAUAACACAAACACAAAUAAGAAGAAUAAGACGACAUCUACAACAACAUCAAUAUCAUCGACAUCAUCGACGAACAACACAACAGAGGAGAAACAACAGGAUCAGCAACAAAAGAAGAAGAAGAAUAACAAGUAUAAAGGAGAUUUCAUUUAUGGAAACUAUAGGAGAUACUAUGAUUAUAGAAUUGAGAAGGAUAAGGAGGACCCAAGAAUGUCAGUGUUGCCAAAGGAGUUGUUCUAUAAUAAGAUGUGUUUGGACGUUGGCUGCAACAGUGGUCUGGUCACACUAAAGAUUGCCAGAGACUAUCAAUGUGAUCAUAUCAAGGGUAUUGACAUUGAUCAUCAGCUCAUCAAGGAUGCCGUUAGGAAUCUAAAGACAAUGCAGACGGCACUGGGCACCAAGCCAUCCUCCUCACAUCAUGGCACCAAGUCACAGGCGAUAACUCAGGAGACCUCAGACACAUCUUCGACAUCGACGUCGACAACAUCGGAGACAACAUCCACUACUACAUCCACGAAUGGACACACCAAUGGCAAUGACAAUGGCAACGGCAAUGGCAACAGUAAUGUCAUCAACACAAGUGACACAGACUUUGUCCCAAUAUCAUUCAAAUACAUCAAACCAACGACGACUACGACAGCGACCGCGACUGCACCGACACAAAAGCUGCCAAGACAAUUCCCUCAUAACAUAUCAUUCAUUCAUCACAACAUCAUGGCAGACUCUUCAUUCGAUCGCGACAACUCACUAGAUGUCAUCCUGGCGCUCAGUGUCACCAAGUGGCUACAUCUGAAUUGGGGUGACAAUGGCAUCAAAUCAUUCUUCAACAAGGUCUACAGAAUGCUCAAGCCUGGAGGCUCCUUCAUCAUGGAGCCACAAGAGUUCCAAGGAUACAAGAGAAGACAAAAACUAUCACCUGCCAUCAAACAGAACUACUCGGCCAUUCAGUUCAAGCCUGAACAGUUCAUUGAGCACCUUACCAAUGUAGUUGGAUUCAAAUCUUGCGAAGAACUACAGACUCCCGAUGGUGUAAGGUUCGCUGGAUUCAAGAGGAACAUCUAUCGAUUGAUUAAAUAG